UACAGGCGUUAGCAGCAUUAGCUUUAUGGAUGUAAUUAGCUGGGAGGUGAUGUUGUACUGGUAGCGCUGAUAAUUAUUGAAUUUCUAAUGAAGCAACAAUGUCUUCAGCUCAGUGUUUUAGAGAGUUUCUCCGGGAGCGACUAACUGCUGCUGCUACUGAGGAAAUAUUCGGGGUUUUUAAGAAAACUAUCGUCAAGUACGAGGAGGAGAUCGACCGUCAGCGCAGAAUGUUGGAUACCGACUGGAAACCCGAAGUAAAAUUACACAGAGUAGAUGUCUGCCAUCCAGAGCUCCCACAGCAACAUGCCUGUAAGCAGGAGGAGGCUCUCGAUGACCAGCAGCUCUGUACUCAGGAGAGGAGCUCCAGUCUGGACCAAGAGGACCCUCAGAUUAAAGAGGAGCAGGAGGAGCUCUGCACCAAUCAGGAGGGAGAGCAGCUUGUAGUGAAGGAGGAGAUUGAUGCCUUUGUGUGGACUCCUACUGAUGAGGAAAGUGACCACAGUGAUGAACAGACUCUGAACUUCAAUCCUGAUGACACUCUAAGUGCAGCACAAAACCAGUCUGUAGUCUACAUGCCAGUUAUAAGCUCUGUGGUUGUACCAGAACCAAACAGUGACCACCAGCUCUUUGCUCACACCUCUCAUGUAGACGAGAGCGAAGAUCCGGAAAGAGAAGAGCAAGGAGACUUGGGAUCAACCAGAAAUGUAGAACCAAAGAAAAGUAAUCACAAAAGCAGAGAUCACAGUAACACUGUAUACAACCCUACCAUGUCAAACAUUCAACUCAAUACUGAUACAGGUAAAAAGUCUUUAAAAUGUGACACAUGUGGGAAAGCUUUUAAGUGUAAGUCAAAAUUGACUAUACAUUUGAGAAUCCACACAGGUGAGAAGCCGUUUACGUGCGAAACGUGUGGGAAAGAUUUCAGACGUGGUAGUACCCUGAUAGACCACAUGAGAACUCACACAGGUGAGAAACCAUAUUUUUGCAAAAUAUGUGGGAGAGAUUUCAGGUUUAGCAGUGACUUCGCAGUCCACAUGAGAUCGCACACAGGUGAGAAGCCGUAUCUCUGCAGCACCUGUGGGAAAUCAUUCAGUCGGACAUCUGAAUUAAAGAGUCAUGUAAGACUCCAUACAGGUGAGAAGCCACAUUUGUGCAAAACAUGUGGGAAAGCUUUCAGACUUAGCUGUAGCUUGAUAGCCCACACGAGAAUCCACACAGGUGAAAAGCCGUAUCCUUGCAACACCUGUGGGAAAAAGUUCAUUCGGAUGUCGGAAUUGAAGGCUCAUAUAAGAAUCCACACAGGUGAGAAUCCUUAUUCUUGUAAAACAUGUGGAAAAGGUUUCAGAUAUAACAGUCGCUUGCUGGUCCACAUGAGAAGAGCCCACACUGGUGAGAAGCCGUACCUUUGCAAGACCUGCGGGAAAAGCUACUUUGAUGCAUCUCAAUUGGCAAGGCAUAUAAAAACGCACGCAAGCAUGUAGCCUUGUAUUUUACUACGUGGCAGGCAAUUUAGUCCUAGAUGUUCAUGGUGUAAACACACAAAAACCAACAGAAGUGAGGAGCUACAUAAUUACAGCAUUUUUGGGAAAAGUCUGACUCAUACUUUAAAAAGCUCCUGGCUGAGGAUCAAAAUACACACGGGAGAAAUCACUGAGCUGAAAUUCCAGUGGAAACAUGUUGACCUACUCAAUACACUUUUGCAAUCACUACAUCUCUGUAAUUAAUUAUGUGCAAUAUCACAUUCAAAAGAGGUCACAUUAUCUUAGUAUGUGGAAGUAGUACAUCAGAAAUGCCAUCAAGUUUAACCCUUUGAAACAUCACUUUUCUUGUAAUGGUAAACCUUUGAGCCUUGUGCAAAUUGGUGCGAAUUCUUUCAAAAACAUGGGUAAAAAGAUGAUGAGCAACUUGGUGUGACAUUUCCCACAGAUUGAAAAAAAAAAAAAAAAAAGGAUUUAGGAAGUGUUUUUUAAAGAAUUGGGGAAAAAAAGAAAAAAAGGCUAGGAAAAGCUAUAUAAUUACUUUUAAAUUUUAUAAUCAUGUUACAGAAUUAUUAUAUUUUUUAAGGACUCUUUCCAGGUCAUUUCCUUGUUUGUUUUGAAUUUUAUUAUUAUUAUUAUUAUUUUUUUUUAUUAUUUUUAUUUUUUACUAAUUUCCUUGUUUUUAAUUUUAUCUUUUUUACCAAUUUCUUGCUAAGUUUUUGGGUCAUUUCUUCUUUCAUUGCUCAUAGCCUUCUUCCCGUGCUUUUAAAGGAAAUCAAGCCAAUUUGCUCAAGUUAUACGCAACAGUAUUUCUUUAAAACAAUCAUAAUCUCGAGAAUAUUUAAAAAGCCCUUCUUGCACAAAGAGUUAGUAGUUAUUACAAAUGCUUGACCUGUUGAAUUAAUCUAGUAUUAUUAUUAGUAUUAUUAUUAUUGAUAACAUUUUUAUACACUACUUAAGUUAUAUCAGUGGAUUGUGAACUCUUGAUGUUGAGGCUGAGAAACCCUGUCUCUAGUAGUGUUUGGUCACUUAUGUUGUCAUUCUACCAACUGUUUUUUUGUUAUUUAAUUUCAUAUUUUUAUAUAUAAUAUAUAUUUUGUAAUUGCAUGAACCUGGUAUUCUUUUUAAGUUUGGGUGUUUAGAGGUGACACACAAAUUGUAGAUGAGCCUAAGCAGUAGUAAUGAAUGAAUGAAUACUGAAUGACUAGUAACUUAGUGAUCAGUGUCCUUUGUCUUUUUAAAUCUCAUGUACGUAUACUAACAAUAAAGCUUUGUACAGUUAUGAUGAUGAUGAUGAUGAUGAUAAUGAAUGUAACUACAUGUAAGUACUGCAUUUACAGACAACUCUGAUGUCUUCAGGUGGCUAAGAUUGCAUGUAAAUCCCACACUAUAUGAAAUCUUGAACACAUCUAAUAAAAAAAAACACAUCAGUUC